CGCACGCGCGCGCGCGGCUGCUCUGCUGGGCACGGCUUGGCACGGGCGGCUUUUCCCUGGCUCGGUCUGGGCGGCUGGGCUUUGGACGGCCGUGGAGAGGCGCUCAGCAGCACCAUGUUCCUGCACUCAGUCAGCCUCUGGAACCUGGCGUUCUAUGCCUUCAUGGUGGUUCUGGCCACCCUGGGGGUGUGGGAUGUCUUCUUCGACUUCGAGGAGAACAAGUGUAGCAUGAGCUACAUGUUUGAGUACCCCGAGUACCAGAAAAUCGAACUCCCGAAGAAGCUGACAAAACGCUAUCCAUCCUACGAGCUCUAUCUGUAUGGAGAAGGGUCUUACGCCGACGAGCACAAAGCCCUCCCUUUGACAGGAAUUCCUGUUCUCUUCCUUCCUGGUAACGCCGGCAGCUACAAGCAAGUUCGCUCCAUCGGCUCCAUCGCGCUGAGAAAAGCGGAGGACAUUGACUUCAAGUACCACUUUGACUUCUUCAGUGUGAACUUCAACGAGGAGCUGGUGGCCCUGUACGGCGGGAGUCUUCGGAAGCAGACCAAGUUCGUGCACCAAUGCAUCAAAACAAUUCUCAAACUGUACAAGGGUCAAGAAUUCGCUCCCACAAGUGUGACAAUAGUUGGUCAUUCUAUGGGUGGCCUCGUGGCCAGAGCAUUGCUUACGCUGAAAAACUUUAAGCAAGAUCUGAUCAACCUUCUGGUCACCCAGGCCACUCCUCACGUGGCCCCCGUGAUGCCCUUAGACCGUUUCAUCACGGAGUUCUAUAUGACUGUAAACGACUAUUGGAUUUUAAAUGCUCGGAAUAUAAAUCUGACUACGCUCUCUGUAGCUGGAGGAUUCCGGGAUUACCAAGUUCGUUCAGGACUGACUUUUCUGCCAAAAUUAAGCCAUCAGACCAGUGCCCUAUCUGUCGUGAGCUCAGCAGUGCCUAAGACCUGGGUCUCAACAGACCAUCUCUCCAUCGUGUGGUGUAAGCAGUUACAGUUGACCACAAUCCGAGCCUUCUUGGAUCUCAUCGACGCCGAUACCAAGCAGAUAACUCAGAAACCUAAGAAGAAGUUGUCGGUGUUGAAUCACCACUUCAUAAGACACCCAGCGAAGCAGUUUGAGGAAAACCCAUCCAUAAUUUCUGACUUCCCAGGGUCAUCCAAGUGGGUUUCAGUGAAAAUGUCCAGAUGGUCCUACGUGGCUCAGAAUAACUCUGAAAAGAUGUAUUUUGCAUUUCCUCUUGCGCAUCACAGGAAGAGCUACACUCAUGCCUACUGCCAGAGUACCAUGUUGGAUACAAAUAGUUGGAUUUUUGGCUGUAUAAACAGCACAUCAUCUAUGUGCCGGCAAGGGAUUGAUUUAUCAUGGAAAGCUGAACUGCUGCCGACAAUCAAGUCUCUGACGCUAAGGCUCCAAGACUACCCGUUUCUGUCACACAUUAUUAUCUACAUCCCGUCUGUCCAUGUAUCUCAGUUUUUCAUAGACUGUGAAUUCUUUAAAAAAGAAGCAAGAUCCAUACAGCUUCCUGUAACUCAUCUUUUUUCCUUUGGAUUGACUUCAAGGAAGGUCAUAUUAAAUCUGAGUGGCCUGUACUACAAUAUAGAGCUUCUGAACUUUGAACAGAUAUACCAAGCUUUCAAAGUCAACGUCGUGAGCAAGUGCUCCAGAAGCAAAGAAGAAAAAACCAGUAUCUAUAAGCUUCAUAUUCCCUGGUCUUACGAAGAUUCUCUAACCAUCGCACAGGUUCCAUCGUCCACAGAAAUUUCUCUGAAACUUCAUGUUGCUCAGCCGGAAAACGACAGCCACGUGGCGUUGUUAAAAAUGUACACAGUGCCAGACUGUAAAUAUGAGGUGACAAUUAAGACUUCCUUUCCACAAAUACUUGGACAGGUAGUUAGAUUUCACGGUGGAGCUUAUCCCGCCUACGUGGUGUCUAGCAUCAUGCUUGCUUAUGGAGGACAGUUGUCUUCUCUCCUUACAACAGGUUAUUGCUUAGAAUAUGCAACCAUAUUGGAUAAAGAGGCCAAACCAUACAGAGUGGACCCUUUUGUGAUUAUGAUAAAGUUUCUGUUGGGGUAUAGAUGGUUUAAGGACUUAUGGGACGGACUGUUUCUACCGGAAUUAGAGGCCAUCGUUCUAACCAGUCAGAGUAUGUGUUUCCCUCUGGUGUCCUUGAUUCUCUUUCUGCUUGGAACUUGCACCGCGUACUGGAGUGGUCUACUCUCUUCGGCAUCUGUGCAGCUCCUUUCCUCGCUGUGGCUAGCUCUCAAAGGACCUGUCGAGCUUCCCAAAGAUGUCAGGGCGAAUGCCUCAGACUUGCCUUUCGCGACGUCUGUCUUUCUCAUAGUGAGCUGGACCACCUGUGGGGCCCUCUCUAUCCUGCUGUCUUACCUGUACUAUGUGUUUAAGGUCGUCCAUCUGCAAGCCUGCCUGACGACGUUUAGAAACAACCAGCAAGUGAAUCCCAAGCACUCGAGAAGAAGCGAGAAGAAGUCCAACCACCACAAAGACUCGCCGGUGCAGAGUCUCCGCCUGUCUGUUCAGGACGUUGAGGACAGUCUGCGCAUGCACGGCACCGUGAUCAACCUGCUGACCUGGGUGGUGCUGCUCAGCCUGCCGUCGCUCAUCUAUUGGCUAAAGAACCUUGGGUAUUAUUUUAAACUUCAGCCCGACCCGUGCAAACCCCUGGUGUUUCUCCUUACUCCGGCUGUAGGGAUUCUUGGAAAUUCUUACACAUUGUCCGUAAAGUCAAGUAAGUUACUGAAGUCCACGUCGCAGUUUCCGCUUCCCCUGGCCGUGGGCAUUAUCGCUUUCGGCUCCACCCACUUGUACAGGGUCCCGAAUUUCGUGGUCGUCCCUCUUCUGUACCACGCGUUAUGCAACUUCCUGUAAGGCCGGGCUGGGCUAAGAGGACGAUAAAAGCGCUUUCCGCCUCAAGGACCGGUGAUACCGUGAGCGCAGCCCCACCAGCCGGCACAGCGAGGUCCUUCGGAGAAGAUGCGUCUAUUUUUACAGUAUUGGAAAUAAGGAAAUUAGUUUUGUAACGCGCGUGAGGAAAAUCGUCGAAGCAUGGUUUCAUGUUGUGACGUGGCGUCUGUGUUCUCGUCGCGCCUGAGGAAUGAGCGAGGGGCACUCGUGUACAUACCAACUAGCCAUGCCGUGAACCUUCUAGAGACUUGGUAGAUGCGGUGUUGUUUGUAGUCUCCUGUGGAACUUCUGCUGGCUUCAUCAGACUUUAUUUGAAAAGUGGGUUUUCUGUUUGCUAUAACUGACAUAUUCAGAGUAGGUCUGGCGCACGCCUUUAAUCCCAGCACUCGGGAG